AUGUCUAACCAAGUGGGGGCCGGUGGCUCGAUCACGAUCUCGUCGGGCAACGGCGCAUCUGGUACGGGCGGCUCGGUUGCGAUCACAGCUGGGCUCUCGGCUUUGAAUUUGGGCGGCGCCAUCACGGUCAAGUCGGGUGUCGGGACGGCCACUAGCAGCGGACACGUUGCAUUGGCCUCGGCGGCUGGCGGUACUGCUGGUGUGUCUGGCUAUCUCAGCUUGAGCACGGGCACAGCGGGGUCGGGGUCGUCUGGCAACAUCGCGCUUGGCUCUGGCACUGCGAAUGGUGGUGCUGGCGGGUCUGUGGCUGUCACUGUGGGCAGCGGCACGCUUGGUGCUGGUGGCAGGUAUCUCGCUCUUGGCGGGUACUACUACGGGCACUGGGGUGACUGCUGUGGGCGGCAGCAUCUCGUUGACGGCUGGUACUGGUAG